CGCGCCGAAGCCCGCCGAAGCCCGCCGAAGCCCGCCGGCCCGCGAUGAAGGCCGCCCAGACCGCGGACGCCGAGGCGCCGCCGGGCGCACGGUCCGUCAAGGUGGUGCUGGUGGGCGACGGCGGCUGCGGGAAGACGUCGCUGCUGAUGGUCUUCACUGAGGGGGCCUUCCCCGAGAGCUACACCCCCACUGUGUUUGAGCGGGUCACCGUUAAUCUGCAAAUGAAGGGCAAACCCCUGAACCUCCAAAUCUGGGACACAGCAGGACAAGUUGACUAUGACCGCCUGCGGCCCCUGUUCUACCCUGAUGCCAGUGUCCUGCUCCUCUGCUUUGAUGUCACCAGCCCACACAGCUUUGACAACAUCUUUAACCGGUGGUACCCAGAGGUGAACCACUUCUGCAAGGAGGUGCCCCUCAUUGUCGUGGGCUGCAAAACGGACCUGCGCAAGGACAAGUCGCUGGUGAAGAAGUUGCGGAAAAAUAGACUGGAGCCUGUUACCUACCACAGGGGCCAGGAGAUGGCGAGGUCCGUGGGCGCAGUGGCCUACCUUGAGUGCUCGGCCUUGCUCCAGGAAAACGUCCACGCGGUCUUCCAGGAAGCAGCCGAGGUGGCCCUGAGCAGCCGCAGCCGCAACUUCUGGAGGAGGGUUACCCGGAGUUUUUGUGUGCUGACCUGACAUCUUGAGGCCUUCCCUGCCCCCACCACCCAGCAGCAUAGGAAGGAGCUGGGUGCUGACCUUCUUUCUGCCCACUUGACUGGGCUAGACCCAGUCCCCAGGCUGUGACUACCGAACUGCACCUCAAAACAGAUGGACACCAUGAAGGCCGGGCACCGGACCCCGGGUCUGUGGUCCCUGGACUGGAGCGUAACCCCCCCUGAGGCCUGAGGAAGGGGAUUCCAGAGCCCACCAGCCCUGUGGGGGCUAGCCCUGGAGUGGCCUAGAAUGACUACCAGACGCCCAGCCCCCAGCCUGGACCGCACAUCCGGAAGCAGCCUGUGCAGCCUGGUGCCGCCUAGCGGCUGUUCCCAGGGCUGCACCUUCAGGACCUUGCGCUUCUAGGAACCUGGGUCAGAACUCACACCUUGCCCUUCCCCCUUGCCCAUCCAGUGGUAACUAUAACAAGUAAAACAACAUCUUUUGUCAGUUA